GGGGAAUCCCAGACUUGUUAGAAUAUACAGCUAGCUCCUGGACCGCUUGGCUGCAGAAGCUGCGAUUCUCUCGCCUGGGAAGGAUCUGUUUUCUCCGAGAGAGAUCCUCUGACGCUCCGGCUUUGCAGAGAGGGGGUGUGACCCUAGGACGAGAACAGGAAGGUUCAAAAUGCCACAACCAAGAAUGCGCAUGAGGCCUUGGCUGGAAUUGCAGAUUAAUUCCAAUGAAAUUCCCGGACUUAUCUGGAUCAACAAGGAAGAAAAAUUGUUCCAGAUCCCAUGGAAACAUGCAGCUAAGCAUGGCUGGGAGCUUGAAAGGGAUGCUUGCCUUUUCAGAAACUGGGCCAUUCAUACUGGGAGAUAUAAAAAAGGUGAAGUACUUCCUGAUCCUAAAACCUGGAAGGCAAAUUUCCGCUGUGCUAUGAAUUCGUUGCCUGAUAUUGAAGAGGUGAAGGACAGAAGCAUUAGCAAAGGUUCCAGUGCCAUUCGAGUCUACAGGAUGUUACCUGCUUCAGCAAAGUCACAGAAAAAAGAAAAGAAGUCAAAGUCCUUAAAAAUCAAGAAUGUGAGAAAGUCGGUUGAAGAUAUCAAGACGGAAGAGACAGCUGAAGCAACAAACAGUAUCCAGCUGCCAGAUGACCACAGUGGCUAUAUUCUACCCAGCUAUCAACCAGAGGAAAUGGAGGCAGAAAGCACUUCCAUCACGUUAGAACUCUCUUCAUGUGACAUGAACAAUACACUGACUGACUGGAGACGCCCACUAGAUAUUCAGUUGCCUGACAGCACAAACGACAUGUACCCGCUUCAAGUCUCGCCUCCUACUUCAUCUUCUGAUGGAACAGAUGAAGAUGAUGACAAAUUUAACCACUUCUACCAGCAGCUCCUUAACAGCUCUGAUUGGCACCAAACCAAUGUUGGCGGGAAAGGUUUCCUCAGCAAUGAGCCUGGCACGCAAAAUCUCUACUUUGAUUUUUGCUUCCAAGAGCAGGAUGCUGCUGCUGAUACAAGCUCAGAAACAAUUCAAAACGACUCAAAAAACAGCCUGGAAUUUUCUUUGCUGGAAUCCCUACGAAUGACUAAUUUACAUCCUAUAUCUUGUGGCAUGUAAAGUGUCUUUUUACAUUCUACACUGUUUUAUUUUCUGCGUCUCCUGUGAAAGUGAACCAAGAGUUGCUGAUGCACCUCUCAGUGUUUAGAACUGAAAAGUCAUAAUCAAAAAAACUACAUCUGAAUGGAGAAGAAAAGCUCUCUGUGGUAGAACUGUGCACUGUUAAAUUGUUUGACUACAUCAUGGGCGAAUUAAGUAAUUUGCUACUUUCCCCUAAAUUGUCAGCAUAUUAAUAUGAUAAGAGUUGAAAAUAUUUUUAGCACACCAAAGCACAUUAAAAGGUGCUUUGUCCUUGUAACAAAUGUACACACAUGUUAGUGACAGACAUAGCUUAUCCUGACCAUUGUUGCUUAACAGUAAAGUAGGCAGUUACUAAGUUUGGACAAUUAUUAUAUGGUUUUAUGUUCAACCAAAUAUCUCCAUGGGGACCUUCUGUGAAGUAUAUGUCAGCCUCGGCAAAGGACCCUUGACUGUGUAAAUAUGUUUAUAUAAAUAAACUGUGAAGAUCAGGCACAUGCUUUUUUCACAUAUGACAUAUUCAGGAAUUUUAUUCAUAAGACAUUCUUCUGGUUUCAUUAUAACAUUUUUCAUAUAAUUGUCCUAUCAGUUUUUCAGGCAGGAAAUAUGUUUGGCCUUCUUUCCUUGCUGGACUGUGGAAUUUAUUUAUCUUGUUCCAUUAGUAAGAGUCUUCAUUGUGAGUCCUUCAAAUUCUUAGUAAAGUGUGUACUUGUUUAGCUGCAGAGAACAUGGUCAGUGGCUCAACCAGAACCCUGAACUAACUUCAAGAUGAUGGAAAGUGUUGAUUUGGGUAACCUAUCAACUCACUUGGGCAACCAAGAAUGCAAGAUGGCAAAAUUAUUUGUCUCUUUCAUGUACAUAUGUUUGUGUAUAUAAAAGUUAAACAGAUAUUUUAAUAAAGAUUUUAUAUAUUUA